ACUAACUGUUCUCCCUUGUGAUCAACUUGAUAAUAUUUCUCUACAUCGCAAUCGGCUUUCGAUCAAGCACCUCAACCAUGUCCGGCUUCAUCAUCAGAGAUGUUCGCGUGUUUACUGGCGAAUCCGUUGUAGAGCAUGGCUACGUCCACGUUCAGGACGGCAAAAUCGUGUCCGUUGGAGAAACAUCAUCGUUGUCAAGCGCAAUCGAUGUCCCAACCUUCACAAAACCCGGACACACACUUCUCCCCGGUCUCAUCGAUGCUCACAUCCACGCUUCAAUGGCUAAUCCGGUGGCUCUACCCCAAUCGCUCCGUUUCGGCUGUACUACAGUUUGUGAUAUGCACAACGAGUACGACAACACCGAAAAGCUGCAAAAGCAGAUGCUAGAGCCGGACACGGCGGAGCUCAAGACUAGCGGUCAAGCGGCCACGAUCGACAAUGGCUGGCCUAUUCCUGUGAUCACGGCACACGACAAGAGUCCAGAAACGGCCGCAGAGAUUGCGACGUGGCCGAAGCUGAGUACCAGGGAGAACGUAAUUGAGUACCUGGAGACGAACAAGCGCAAUUCAAACAAUGAUUACGUGAAGCUGAUGAAUGAAUCGGGAAGGAGUAUGGGGCACGACUUCUCUCAUCCAACGAAAGAACUGCAGCGCAUCAUCGUUGAAGAGGCACAUAAGCUAGGCUAUCUGACCAUUGCGCACGCGACCUGCGUGUCGGAUACGCUGGAUGUGCUCAAGGCCGGUGUGGAUGGCCUUGCGCACACCAUCUGUGAUCAGCCACCGACCCAGGAGCUGGUUGAUGCGUACAAGAAGGACAACGCGUGGCUUAAUCCAACACUGGCAGCUAUUGGAAGUCUCACAACUGAGGGCAAAGAAUUGCAGGAGAAAUUCGCGCAUGACGACAGAGUCAGGGGCUUGAUUGGCGAGAAGGAAGUUGGAAAUAUGUGCGAGUGCAUGGCCAUGACGAUCCCAAGUGCGAAGGUGGAGUAUGCGUAUGAGAGCGUUAGAAUGCUGAGGAAGGCAGGGAUCGAUAUUGUAUGUGGAAGCGAUGCAGCUGGCCCAGCGCUGGGAACUGCCUGGGGCUUGUCAAUGCACCAUGAACUCUACUUGUUAGUCAACGAGGUGGGGAUGUCGCCUGAAGAAGCGCUGCGCUCUGCUACAGCAGUGACAGCGAAAAGGUUCAGAUUCAACGAUCGAGGAAGACUGGUUGCGGGUUUGAAGGCAGAUUUGCUAUUAGUAGAGGGGAACCCGCUGGAGAAGAUUGAUGACACGCUAAACUUGAGAGGAGUUUGGAGGGAUGGCAAACUAUGCAGUCUAUAUGAUGGCAAGCUGUAAGCGAAGCGAACAGCAAAUCACCGGCUUGGCAGAGGUGUGGACGGAGAACGGGCCAAUUGAACUGUUAAACCAUGAGCAAA